AUGGCCAAUUUCCGCCCAAGCAACAUCCUUGGCGACCCCUUCGCGCUCGCGACCCUGUCCAUCUCCAUCCUCGCCUGGCUGAUUGCUUUUAUCUCCUCGAUCAUCGCUGAUCUCCAGACGGACUACCCCAAUUACUCCUGGUGGGCCAACUGUUACAUGUUCUGCCUGAUUGUGGGCAUUAUCGUGGCUUUUGGUACCGACACUUGCAAUGUCUAUAGCGUCGCGAUUGUGGGUUAUCUUGCCUGUGGCCUGGUCUUGACUUCGCUCAGUGCCAACAACACCGUCUACGGUAACCAGGGCGCCUUGCAGGCUGCGGGUGCUGGUUUCAUUCUGCUCUCGAUGGUGAUUAUUAUUUGGAUCUUCUAUUUCGGCUCCACUCCCCAGGCAUCGCACCGUGGAUUCAUCGACUCCUUCGCCCUGAACAAGGAGCAACCCGGCUCCUACCGUGGCAGUGGCCCCAUGUCCAGCGCUUUCGGUGCCCGCCCCGAGACUAUGGCCACCAGCAACACCCCUCAGAUGUACACAUCCGCCCAAUUGAGCGGCUUCGAGACCUCUUCCCCCGUGUCCGGCUACCCCGGUGGUGCGCCUGGCGCUGAGCGCAACUCAUCCCAGCCUCCUCGCUUCGGAGGUUCUAGCCCGGCUCCUGGCGCUGCUAACACGGCCGGUGGUGCUGCCCAGGAUGGCGCCGAGGUGCCUCAGCCGACCGAGUACCCCUACCGCGCGAAGGCCAUCUACUCGUAUGACGCCAAUCCCGAAGAUGCCAACGAAAUCAGCUUUAGCAAGCACGAGAUCCUUGAGGUAUCUGAUGUCAGCGGCCGAUGGUGGCAGGCUCGGAAAUCAACCGGAGAGACCGGUAUCGCACCCUCAAAUUACCUGAUCCUUUUGUGA